UCAAAUAACAUAACCUAAAAUAUGUAUAAUGUCAGACAAAAUUGAGUUACGUCAUUUAAUAUAAUUAAUUAUAAGAUAGUAUAAAUUAACAAAUAACUGAGAGUAAUGGGUAAUUCAAAUGCAAAACCAACAGAAAUUUCAUCUAGUCCAGAUUUACUUGUAGUAGAAAACGUAGGCAAACCAAAAUGCAAAGCUUGUUGUGCCUGUCCAGAAACAAAAAAAGCUCGGGAUGCAUGUAUUGUAGAAAAAGGAGAAGAAAAUUGUGGCCCUUUGAUAGAAGCACAUAAAGUUUGCAUGAGAAAAAUGGGAUUUAACAUAUAAUUUAAUUGUAGUUAAUCUAUUAGAUACUAUUAUGUACUUAUGAGAUAAUUUAUAAAUCUAAGUCAAUAAAUAUUAUAUAUAAACAAACAGCUUA